UCACAGUGCUUUUUUCUCUCUUCCUCUCCUUUGCGUUCCUUCUUAAUUCCAUAGUCACGUCAAACAAACAAGUUUCUCAUCAUGUCUUCCAGAAUCACUCGAUCAGCUGCUAGGCUUGCUACAGACCCUCCUUCCACUGACUCCGGUCCGUCAAAUCCCACUGCUGGCCCGGCUUCUCGGAAACGCAAAGCACCGACACGUCGAGAUCCACAGCAAGACGCACCAAACCCAUCUACGGCUCCUUCGCCCCCACGACGAUCGAAGCGACAGCGAACUGCAGCACCUCAGCCACCUUCUGCUGCCCCUGCUGCCCCUGCUUCCCGUCGAGGCGCCCGUCGCUCAGUCAUGUCACAACCCGGACCAUCCUCCCGUCCAUCCGAGGAUUCAAAAUCCACCACUCCACCGCCUCCCUCGAGGCGGAAGUCUGGCCGAAAUGAUCGACUUGCUAGCACACAGUCUCCACCGCCACGGCGGCAAAAGAAGCGUUCCGCGAAAUCGAACCCCGAUGUCGUAAUGCGAGAUGCAGAGGAGGAUGUGGAAGAGCCAGAUAACCGAGAGGAGCAGGAAGGGUCUCCUGCAGGCGAUAGCAAUGAUGGAACCAACCCUUCAGCGUUUGACGAUGAGGAUUUGGAUUCUUUCCAUAGCAGCCUUUUUGGUGGCCGAGGUGCUAUGGGCCUGCAAAGUACACUCCGUGCUCUCACCGGCAUGAUGUCCGGCAUGUCCUCGCGGCUUCGAGAUAUGCUCUGUAAUCUGAGACAGAAAGACAACCCCUCUGUGCAAUUGAUCGCCCUCCAAGAGCUGUCAGACCUCUUACUCGUCUCCAACGAAGACAAUCUUUCCGGCCAGUUUUCUCCUGACCCAUACGUGAAGGAGCUGGUCACCUUGAUGCAGCCCAACCAGUUCGGCGAAGAGAACGCGGAAAUCAUGCUGCUUGCCUGCCGCUGCCUUGCCAACCUAAUGGAGGCUCUUCGAGGGUCUGUGGCCAACGUGGUUUAUGGAGGUGCUGUUCCAAUCCUGUGCCAAAAGCUUUUGGACAUUCAGUUUAUCGAUCUCGCCGAACAAGCUCUCAGCACACUGGCCAAAAUCUCAGUAGAUUUCCCGGCUUCGAUCGUGCGAGAGGGAGGCCUGACGGCAUGCUUAACAUACUUGGACUUCUUUCCUACAAGCACUCAGCGCACUGCCGUUACGACUGCCGCAAACUGUUGCCGCAACCUUCCCCAUGACUCUUUCCCCGUCGUUAGGGAUGUAAUGCCGACUUUGUUGAAUGUCCUAUCCAGCAAUGACCCCAAAGUGGUUGAACAAGGAUGUCUCUGUGUCUCGCGCAUCGUGGAAAGUUUCAAAUAUCGCCCUCACAACUUGGAGGAAUUGAUCGAGCCUGCCAUGCUCAAGGCAGUUCUUCGUCUUUUGCUACCAGGUACUACCAACCUGAUCGGUUCUCACAUUCACACUCAAUUCCUACGUGUGCUGGCAAUUGUCUGCAAGGCCAGCCCUCGCUUGUCCAUUGAGCUCCUGAAGAUGGACGUUGUCGAUACCCUUUACCAGAUCUUAACCGGUGUAUCUCCGCCGGAGGACGUCGAAAGCACGGCUGUCAAGAUGGACAGCGUUCUCGUCAUGCAAGCACUGAUUCACCGACCUCGCGAGCAAGUGUUUGAGGCACUAAAUGUCAUUUGCGAGCUGCUACCAGGUGCUCCCAAUCGCGAGGCAUCUCGGGCUGAUAAUCUUCUCAGCUCGUACUUUGAUAGCAGUAUGUCUAUCGGCUUGAAACCUACGAAGGUGAAAGAGAACCCCGCCGAGAGACGGGCCUUAUUGGAAGACUGCAAACCCGAACUCAAGCGAUUUGCAACAAUCUUGUUUCCCACCUUGACCGACGCAUACUCGAGUACAGUCAACCUCCACGUUCGCCAGAAAGUUCUCAUUGCGCACUUGAAAAUGCUUCAUAUUCUUGAGCCAAGCUUAAUUGAAGAUGCUCUGCGUACAGUCCCAUAUGCCUCAUACCUGGCCUCUAUUCUCUCACAAAAGGAUCAUCCAUCUCUAGUCUCUUUGGCUCUUCGAUGCGCUGAGCUGUUAUUCCAACGCCUAGAACACGUCUACCAGCAUCAAUUUCACCGCGAGGGUGUUAUCUCUGAAAUUGACAAGCUAGCUGAGGGAAAACCCUCUAUUGACGAAGAGAAUCACCGGACAAGCAGUGGAAACAAGGGCCCGGCCGAAUCAUCUGAUGUCGACAUGGACACCGAGGAUGCACCGGGCAGUAAUAACAAGAACGAGGAUUCGGACGAGGACCUGGAUAAUGAGGAUGAGGAUGAUGGCGAUGAAGAUAACGAUGAUCUCUCGGAAUCAGAGACCUCAUCCAUUUCUGGUCAUCAAUCCUUGGCGAAGCUGGAUAAUGCUUUGAAUGACCUUGUUAUUCGCGAUGCUCAAGCUUUCCUUCAACUCUACGAAUCGGGGCAUGGGGAAUCUGUGCGAAAUGAAGCCCAGAAGAUCCUCAAUGAUCUUCAAUCCUUGGCGAUCAAGAUUCGCAAGUGUUAUUCUCCGCAAGGGGACAAGAAUGGACUUCCUCUUUUCAAAACCCUGGCUUCGUACUUUGACGGAGAUGCGCUGGAGAGCAUAACCAGUUCUGAACUCUUGAACUCGGGAAUUAUUGAUGUUCUUCUCGAAGUUCUGACUGACUUUAAGGCCCCGUGUAUUAAGUAUGCACGGUCUGCCUUCUUGCAGGCCUUCAUGGGCGCAACAAUCUCGGAGAAGGCACAGAGCCAGAGCACCGCAACUACACCGUUCAGUGUCUUGAUUCGGAAGCUCCAAGAUUUGCUCAGCCGGACUGAGCAUUUCGAGGUCCUUACCGUGAGCCAUAAUUCUCUAGAAAAUACUCGCACCAAUGCCACAUACAUGCUUGGAAAACAGCUUAGGUUGAAGCUUGUUGCCGAGGAUGGAACUGACGUUCCUCGCCCUUACAAAAACCUCAUGGUGUCGAUUCACGCUAUUGCUACGUUCAAGGCCCUGGAUGAUUUCCUUCAGCCGCGAAUCGCUGUGUCAGAUCGACCGCGGCAGUCUCGUACCCGGGAUUCGAUCCUCUCCCAGAUUGCGCAGGCAGCACGCAUGCGGGACCAACUCACCUCAGAAACAAGGACCCCAUCAGCUGGCAACCGACAAACUCGCAACGCAGGAGCUCGAGGAAAUACGACUGAGGACCCCGAAAGCAAUAAUACUCAGGCGGCCCAAGAAACUCGACGUCACCAGCCAUUCCAACAGGAGGAUGAUGAGCAAGAUGACGAACCCCUAGAGUGUGCCGAUGAGAGACAGAUCACCGAUGACGAAGACGAAGACGCCGAGGAUGCGGAGGAGGAUGAAGAGCUCAAUGCAAUUGUCGAUGACCUCGAUGAUGAUCUAGAAGAUGACAACGUGCAUGAUCCGACCGCCGUAAAUAUGGAGGUCGCCUCCUCCGGCAAGGUCACGGCUCGAAAGGAGGACGGUACUCGAGUGGGUACGCCGUCGCACUCUACCCCGUCAUCUAAGCCUUCUUCGUCGACCCCGGGUCCUGCCCCUACUCCGCAAAGCUCACUGGCCACUGCUGGGCGUCCAUUCUCAUCCUACGCGGCAGCUAUGGCUUCAAUCCCUCAGGAUUGGCACAUUGAGUUCUGUGUCGAUGGCAAACCAAUCCCCAGCGAUACUACCGUUUACCGUGCUGUUCAUCACAAUCGGGAGCAUAUCAACGAGGCCAAGGUCAAGAACGUCUGGUCUGCCGUUCAUACUGUUACCUACAGGCGUGUUCCUGGUCCACCGCCUCCGGAGCCCUCCAGCCUUGCUGCUUCUGGACAAGAAGCUUCCUCCAGCGCUGAUGGCCUGGAAAUGCCUUCUUCUCUGAGCAAAGAUGCUACGACAGCAUCAAUCCUGCGUCUUCUUCGUGUUCUGCAUGAGAUGAAUGCAACAAUCGAUGACAUACUGAUGGACGCUCGCGAACAUGCCAACAUCACCCCGGAGCCGUUGGCCCAGUUUAUCAAUACAAAGCUCACUGCCAAAGUGAACCGCCAAUUAGAGGAGCCAUUGAUCGUGGCAAGUAGCUGCCUUCCAAGUUGGAGCGAAGACCUGGCCCGGCUAUUCUCGUUCUUGUUCCCAUUCGAGACGAGACACCUCUUCCUGCAGUCAACAGCAUUCGGCUACUCUCGAGCUAUGACUAGGUGGCAAAACUCACAAAGUGCUGAGGAUAGUCGACGUGAUAUGCGCCGUGAUGAUCGGCCAUUCCUUGGCCGACUGCAGCGCCAAAAGGUGCGAAUUUCUCGAGCCCGCAUCUUAGAGUCUGCUAUGAAGGUCAUGGAGCUUUACGGGUCCUCUCCAAGCGUUCUUGAAGUGGAGUAUUUUGAAGAAGUUGGAACUGGACUGGGUCCCACUCUUGAGUUUUACUCCACUGUCUCAAAGGAGUUCUCCAAAAAGAAGCUCAAGAUUUGGCGUGACACUGACGGCACUUCCUCUCCUGACUAUGCUUUCGGAAAACGCGGUCUUUUCCCGGCUCCAAUGAGCGAGGAACAAGCGUCAUCGGACGCUGGCAAGAAACAGCUGAACAUUUUCAAGGUUCUUGGAAAGUUUGUCGCUCGCUCUAUGCUUGACUCGAGAAUUAUCGACGUUUCCUUUAAUCCAGCAUUUUUCCGCAUUGCUGACACACUGUCCUCGGUCGCACCGUCUCUGGGAACAAUCAAGGCUGUAGAUGAAGGCUUAGCCAAAUCCCUAGGCAUGCUCAAGCAAUUCGUCAAGGCAAAGAUCGCAAUUCAAGAGGACCGCACCCUCUCCCAGCAGGACAAGUUCAAGGCAAUUCAAAACAUUGUGGUAGAUGGUGUCCGUGUUGAGGACUUGAGCCUGGAUUUCACGUUACCCGGUUACCCGUCGAUCGAUCUAGUCCCAGGCGGUUCUGAUGUGUCUUUGACUAUUGACAACGUUGAUCAAUAUGUCGAACGAGUGAUUGAUAUGACCCUGGGCAGCGGUGUUCGCCAUCAAGUCGAGGCUUUCCGUACUGGGUUCUCUCAGGUGUUCCCAUUCACCGCUCUUCGUGCUUUCACGCCCAAUGAACUCGUUAUGCUUUUCGGACAGGCCGAGGAAGACUGGUCCAUCGAGACUCUGAUGGACUCUAUCAAGGCGGACCACGGGUUCAAUAUGGACAGCAGGAGCGUUCGGAACCUUCUCCAGACCAUGAGCGAAAUGGAUAAUCAGCAGCGCCGCGAUUUCCUUCAAUUUGUUACUGGUAGCCCCAAACUCCCCAUCGGUGGCUUCAAAAGUCUUACCCCCAUCUUUACGGUCGUGUGCCGUCCGAGCGAGCCCCCAUACACACCCGAUGAUUACCUGCCUAGUGUCAUGACCUGUGUGAACUAUCUCAAGCUCCCUGACUACAGCAGUCUCAAAGAUCUGAAGAACCGACUUUCUGUUGCUAUCAAGGAAGGCCAAGGCGCCUUCCACUUGUCCUAGAUGGUCUCAUCUUCACGCGCCCACCCUUUUCUCGUGAUCCCCGUUCUCUCUGCAUUCUAUUGACCGGCAGCGCCGGGCAAUGCCGGCGCAACAAUCUUGCCCCGUCUUUCCCACCAGGAACGGGGCCCUUUUAAUGAUGCGAUGACGUGCAACUUGCUGAUUUGUCUUU